GUGAGAGGCUCCUGCAGGGCCCUGAUUCAGCAGGGGCAAUGCACCAGCUGAGAGGCUGAGGAGAAGGGCAAACUCCAGGCAGGAGGCACUAGGAAGCAGAAAGAGAGUCCCUCAGGGAUGAGGGGCUGUGCCCAGCUGGCACUGGCAUGAAGACCAUGUCCUUUUAAUUGGCUGGAAAAUAUUCUUCCUGUGAAGUUCCAGUGCUCUGGUGCUUGAAUGAGCACAGCAUCCCAUUGGCUGCCUAUACCACCUCCUGAUUGGCUCCAGAUCCUGGAGGGGGGAUAGAUAAGGCCGGCUAUAAAAGCCCUAAGCUUUGCUCUUGGUCCCCCAGUGAGCAGGAGCUAGGGGUAUAAGCGGAGCAAGGCUGCAGCAGUACCAAGUCCUUGACAGACUCCUUUCUCUGUGAGUGUAUCCAGAUCCGCAUCUUUGCUGAAGCCGAAGAAAGAGGAGACACUCAGAAAAACUUAGCGGAAACUUGUCAGAGAAUGCUCCAAAAGUCAGUUAUUCUCCUGCUGCUGGUGAUCAGUGCUUCUGCAUCUUAUGAAGCCGAACAGAAUGACUCUGUGAGCCCCAGGAAAACCAGGGUUGCAGCACAGAAUUCAGGACUAUGUCUACAAGAGUCUUCUGCAACUUAAUCAUUGGUGCCAUGCUUUGUGCUCUCAGAUGAAGGGGGAAGCAUUGUGUAAUGUCCUAUGCCUGUCUUCCAGCUGAAGUGGUUCGCUGUUUAAAUAGUGCCCUCCAGGUGGGUUGCGGUGCAUUUGCCUGCCUGGAGAACUCUACUUGUGACACGGAUGGAAUGUACGACAUCUGCAAGUCCUUCCUCUACAGCGCUGCUAAAUUUGACACUCAGGGAAAAGCCUUUGUGAAAGAGAGCCUGAAAUGCAUUGCAAACGGAGUUACGUCCAAGGUUUUCCUUGCCAUUCGGAGGUGCUCCACUUUCCAAAGAAUGAUCUCGGAGGUGCAGGAGGAAUGUUACAGCAAACUGGACAUGUGUAGCAUUGCAAAGCGUAAUCCUGAAGCAAUCACUGAAGUUGUCCAGUUUCCAAAUCACUUCUCAAACAGGUAUUACAACAAGCUCGUGAGAAGUUUAUUGGAAUGUGAUGAAGAGACUGUCAGCACCAUCAAAGACAGCUUGAUGGAGAAGAUAGGACCCAACAUGGCCAGCCUCUUCCAUCUGCUGCAAACAGAUCACUGCUCUCAAACGCACCCCAGGGCAGACUUCAACAGGCGACGUAUCAUUGAGCCUCAAAAGCUAAAAAUCUAUUUCAGGAACCUCCGAGGUGAGGGGUCUAUUCCAUCCCAUGUGAAACGUACCUCUUCAGAAAGUGCAUAAUUCUUUAGGGGAGAGAGAAUGGGUGUGUAAGGGAUCUAAGCACUACCAAUAUAGAAGCCUCUUUUUCUAGAAGAGUUAAUACACCCAUCCAAAUGUACUGUAGGCUGAUUUUAAUAACAAUUAGAAACUGGUUUUAGAUUUAGUUCAUAUUUUCUAUCCCUCUCAAACCAAUUUGCAUGGAACUAGGCUUCUGUGUUCAAUGUCCCAGCUUUCUGCCUUUGAAAUUUCUCCAUCUCUCUUCUCUUCCCCACCAAAACAAAAGGAAAAUCAUAAACCUAGGCUUUUACAACAGUCAGUUCUUCAGAAGACACCAAAUUAUCAAUGAACUGUAGCUCAAACACCCUUGCUGUUUGAAACCAACUCAAAUAGUUUAACCUUAUUAAUAGUAUGAGGCUGGUAGGUGGUGAUAGCUUUUAAUGGAUCUAUCCUAAAGAUAUCAAUGGAAUUUGUGUUAUGAAUCUGUGCUGGCCAUGGACGAAUAUGAAUGUCGUGUUUGGAUUCUUGGUCUCAGUGACAUACAGUCUUAAUCCUCUGUCAUAAAACUCCCUUGCCCAGUUAAUCUACCACAAUCAGGUCUAGCACUCCUGAAACGUGGAGGACUGUUUGUUUAGUAUUGCCCUGCAUCUCAGUGCAAAAACUACUAGCAAACCAAACUAGUUGCACUGUGGACAGCAUGAGGCGUAAGACCAUGUGGUGAAAGCAGAUUUUAAGUUGGUCAGUCUUUGCAUUGGUUUGAAAACCCCAGCAUCUUUAUGUACUGUAUCUAACUGUUAAAAGCUUUAAAAGAAUCCUUAACAAAACUGUCUUAAAACUAGAGUAUUAAAGGUCUUGCGCUAACUGUGGUAUACAGAGUUUAAAAAUCGGUCAUGUACUGUACAUAAAUUCCAGAAGAGUCUGCUUAAAAGAAGCAGAAUAUAAUAAUUCUAUUGCAUAUAAAUUUAGUUUUGUACCUUAGCUUUAUUUUUCCCCCUGGAAACAGUAUCUCUAUCAUGUUCAAAAGUACACAUUCCUCACGGUGGCCUUUUUUAUAAUGAAAGAGAGAGAAAUUGUUGCAUCAUGUAUUAGAAUUGGACCAGGUAAAAGAACUGGUGGGGAGCUAUUCAUACUCACCGAUCAGCUGGAUUCUGACUGCCCAAGCUAUCUUCAGGGGUUACCAUGGUACUUAGCUUGCAUCCAAGGCAGGAGUACUGUUAAAAAGCUAAUCUGGGAAUUGUCAAAAUGGCUGACAGAACAACUCUUAAAUAUCACAGCUGCAGACUUCAGAAGGGUCACUUCUGAGGCACGACAUGGAAAAUAGAGCCAUGUUUAGUAUGCCUAAAGGUAGCUGGCAAUCCAAAAAAAUGAAACUCCUCAAAUCCAAACACAUGCAUCACUGUGCCUGUUGCGAGGCACUUGAAAUGCACGGCCUGCAAGCCUGCAUUUCCUACUAUGCUCUUCUGUAAAAGAGGCUCUGAACUGAGGCUUACAAGUUGAUUUUUUUUUUUUUGCACUCCUAGCUGAAGGCUAGAGCAGCUUUUCUGAACAGUAGUCUGUCUUGGGUUCUGUACGCCAAAAAAA